CUCAGUCAGGAGUUUCGACAGUGCAUUGCUUCUAGGUAUUUUUGGUUCUCCCUUUUAAAAUCAAGUAAAAGCUCCAGAAAUACUGGAGCAAAAGUUGAAUUUGGCCUAUUGAAUUUCAUCCUUUACCAUGGAGAGCGGCGUGUUUACCUUUGUGCUUCUGUGUACUGUGUGGUUAAAUGUUGAAGCCCUUACUGUAAGUAUUCCUCAGAAAUUGUAUGAUGUUCCCAGAGGAGGCAAUGCCUUAAUACCCUGCACAUUUAAAACAACGGUCCAAAACCCAAGGUCUGCAGUUAUCACCUGGUCUAGGAGGCCUAACCAACCUGAUGCUGAGGAUGUGGUAAUCCUUACCUACUUUUAUCCUGACACAAGCUUUGAUUUGGCAGAAGGUUUUGAUCCAACGCGAUUUUCCAUUGGGGCAAAUGUCCAGACAGGCCAGGCUAAUCUUCUGCUCAAAUCCCUCAAAUUUGAAGAUAGCAUGUUCUAUGAGUGCCAUGUCCAGGUUCGAGGGGAUACUUCAGGCAACACAACUGCUACAACAAAUGUGGUGGUUUGGGUGCCUCCAACCAAGCCCAUCCUCAAUGUGCAGGGAAAGCCUGAGUACGGCCAGAACAUCAAUCUCACCUGUGUGUCUGAGGAAGCUUCUCCUUCUCCCACAUACAAGUGGGAAAGUUAUGAUGUCCAGAACAAUCUUCGUCCUCUAGACUCCAAAUCUACUGUCAACGGAGGUAUUUUGAGUCUUUUUGAUGUCACCAAAGAGACGUCGGGAAUCUACGUCUGCACAUCCACCAACAUAGGUGGCUCUGCUUCAACCAACUUCACGCUCUCAGUUGUGCCAUCAUCCAUGAGCAUGAACAGUAUUGCAGGAAUCAUUCGUGGAGUUGCUGCCUUUUUGAUUUUACCGGCUAUCAUCAUCCUUUGCUGCUACUGGAGAAAGAAAAAACAACCUGAGGAGGCUUAUGUGAUGGGAGUUCCUAACAAAGACCCAGUUGCUAAUGAUGAAAAUCACCACCCUGAGAGAGAAGAGCUUACUGGAUUAUAGUGAUACCAAGGUCCCCAUAGAUGGAUCACUAUGAGGAAAAGAGAGAGCACAAUGAUGACCACUGCAGUGACUUUGAUGACCAACGGAGAAACUAGAGCAGGGGUCCCCAGACGACGGCACGGGGGCCGGACCUGGCCUGCCCACGCAUUUGACCUGGUCCCUGAAUGAUACCACAGAAAGACCCUUUGUUUUGGUUUUGCAUUAUUAUUUCUUUUUAGCCUGACCCGGUGAUCGAGACUAAUGGAAACACUGGACUAGUGGAAAACUGGGAUGAAGUGGGUCUGCCCAACGGAAUCCCUAGAAUUGUUUCUUCACGUCAAUAAAGCUUAUUUGAAUUAAAAUGUGAGCCAACCUAAAAAAAUUUCUACUGCAAUCUCACUUUGCCCCAGUCAAGCCAAACAAGUAUGUUUUUGUUCAACAUAAAGAAAUGGCUGUUUGUCUCAUCUGUCAAUAGAUGGUGGCGGUAUUCAAAGAGUACAGUCUACACUGAAAUUAUGAAUCCUGUCAUAAAGAAAAAUAUGAUGGCUUGCAAGGGCAGAUGCGAGCAAACUCUCAAAGCUAAAAGGGGACUGUUACCUCAGCAGACUGUGUUACUAUAUAUUUCCUGACUUUUAAUGUGAAGAACCCAGAGAGGUUUUUUUAUUGAUUUCAAAAAUAGUGUUAUUAAAUAUUUGCUGAUUAUUAUUAUUAUUUUUAUUUAUUUUUUGGUAAAGAACCCAAUGAGUAUUAUUUUAUAUCAGAUCGGGUUAUGUAUAUUUGGUUAUCUGUAGCUUUCUGGGAAACAAUAAGUGUUUACAUUUAGACACCCUUACGAUCGUCACACUUUUUCUGUUUCAAACUGACCUUGGCCCCCGUUUAGAGAAUGGAAACGUCAUGUGGCCGUCACUGGAAAAGGUUUGGGGAACCCUGAACUAAAGCUACCGUUGUGACAGUGAGCGCUAUAUGACGACCGCCACUAUGAUGAUGAGCGCAGUUAUGACGAUCGCUAAGAUCGUCAUAACGGGGGGCGAAGACAAUGACUGCUGAAACGUAAAACAGAUCAUUAGUGCAACUUUAGAGGUCAUCAAGCAAGGUUAGAGUAAGACUAUCCAGAAGAUUAAAGGUGUAUUAAAACCACCUCUGUCUUGUAUUCACUGGUUGUGCGGAUGAGGACCGUUAUCAAUCUAUUGAUCACAACUGAAAAAGCAAAAAAAAAGUUUUUUUUCUUUUCUGUGCUUUGAGUUUUAUGUAAUGUCACAGCAGUUCUGGCAUGUUUGUUUUCCAGUCUUACACAUUACUUGAAACAAGCAAUAAGACAAAAUAGGUGACUCAGAUGCUGCAAUUUAAUGUGGAAGUUGUGGUUUUAACUUAAAAUGCUUAGUUGUGUCUCAUUUGCAUGUAAGUAUUGAUAUUCUCAUGUCUGAUAACUUCUGGGGUUGGUAACAGGGUCAUUUUAGUUUCAUUGUUUUAUUAAAGCUUCAUAUGUAUACAUUUAAA